UUCACGUUUUGAGUGAUCUUACCUCUACUGCGGAUAUUUACAUAGCCUUACAACUAAGUUUGGGUCAGAGAGUGAGUGAAAAAAUUUAUUUACUGCACAAAGCUCGCUUUUGUGUAACGCAAAACAACUAAAUGCGUGUAUCCUAUUCCUUAACACAAUGUCAUUAAUUAAUAUUAAACCUAGAUUUUGCAAUUUGCAGCUUUUAGUAAGUUGGACGAAACUCAGCUGUAAGCCUAACAUGAUAUUAAAAUCAACCAUUAACUCGCCUGUUGUAUGCCCAGCUUUGUUUUGCUUAACUAAUCUUCUGAAUGAAUGUAGUAUAAUGGCUAAAGCUAUGGGCUUAGAUUUUUGUAAGUUGAAAACAAACAAAUCAUGUGAUAAAAUGAAAAGUAAGUUAAAACAGAAAACGACUUAUUUAACAUUAGCAGUAGCAAACUCUGUUUUUAGAAAGACUAAACUUGGAUCGUUUUUAGGCAUUCAAUUUCAUGAAACAUUUUAUUUUGAACAAGAUCUUGAGAAAAUUCAUAUUUCUGAUACUGUGUAUAAGCACUUUAUUAUUAGUGAUAAAUCCAUAAAACUUUGGAACUUGAAAAAUGGUAGACUACUGACACCUGCUUAUAAGAAUUUAUGCUUUGCCAAGCAUACAAAAGGUUCACAAAGAAUGUUUUCAACAUCUUGGAUUUUAUCAGCUAGAGAUGUAACUAAAACAUCACAUAACUUGAUUAAGUGCUGGAGUUGUGGAGUUGAUCUUAAAAGAAAUGAUCCACUCUGCUUUUCGUGUGAUGCUAUACAAAAACCUGAAGGUAGCUCAAACUAUUUUGCAGUUUUUGGUUUUCAUCCUACAUUUGAUAUUGACUCAUCUGAAUUGAGUAUGAAAUUCAAAAAACUUCAACAAAAACUUCAUCCAGAUAAAUCUGUGAAGAAAACUAAGAAAGAAAAAUUAUACUCCCAAGGUCAGUCAGCUAUCGUAAAUAAAGCUUAUCAGACUCUUCAGAAACCACUAAACCGAGGACUCUACCUUCUGAAAUUACUUGGAUAUCCACUUGAAGAGGAUGAGAUUGAUAUGGAGGAGGGAUUUCUGACAGAGAUAAUGGAAAUCAAUGAACAAAUAUCUGAAAUCACAGAUUUAUCAGAAAUAGAAGCAAUUGCUCAUCAGAAUUCCCAUAUUCUUCAAGAAAUGGUUACUAGUGUCCAAUUAGCGUUUAGAGAAAACAGACUAGAAGAUGCCAGAAUAAUGUUGGCCAAGAUGAUAUACUACACUAAUAUUGAAGAUAAAAUAAAAGAUGCAUUUCUAGCUUUGGGGAAAGUGUAUCGGCACACAGUUCUUGAUUAAAGGAAAUAUAGGGUUAGACCAAUAGAGAAUCAUUUUCCUAAGUUGUGUGUAUGAAAGUUAAGUAGCUCUUUCCUUAAACUUUUUAUAAGAAUAAUUUAAUGAAAAACAUCAGGCUUUUUUUCUUGAAAAUUUGAUAAUUUUGAAAAGCAAUGUGAAAAUAAGCUGUCAUUUUAGUUUUUAAUUUAUUCAAUAAAAUGUUUAACUGUU